CCAAUUUCACCACCACAAAGUUUACCACAAUAUCAAACUGGACAAAAUAAUCAACAAUACGACAAUAGUUUUAAUGUUCCAAGUCCAUCACAAGAUUCAUUACAACAACAACAUCACCAUCAACAACACCAUACCCACGGUCAUCAACAUCACCAUACCCACGGUCAUCAACAUCAUCAUACUCCACCAACUAAUAUUUUAAAUAUUCAUAGUAAUUCAUUCCAACAUCAAAUUCAACACCAACCAUUAUCCCCACAACAACCAUUAUCACCACAACAACAAAUUCCAAAUCAUUUUAUAGAUAACAAUAAUGGUAAUAAUUAUUUAGUACCAACUAUUAUUAACGGUGGUAUAAUUGAUUACCCAUCAUCACCACUUUCACAAAAUAAUGGAUCAUCAAUUCCAACAUCACCAUACACUCUCAACAUAGACGAUCAAAUUCUUUCAAGAAUGAACAGAUCUAAUGCUCAAUUCCAACAAAUGUAUAGUAAAAUUGAACCAAAUUUUGUCGACGAAGAUUUAAAGAGAAAUAAAAAGAAACCAACUAAAACAAGUUCAUCUCCAUUAUCAAAUAAAAAAGAUCCAUAUACUACCAAUUCAUCAGCCAAGGCCAAUUCAAAAUCAAAGGAAUUAACACAAAAAGAAAAGAGUUCUGAAAAAUGCAGAAGAGCAAUCGAGCUUCACAAAAAGUCUCCACCAUCAUUCUACAGCGAACCAAAGAUUGAAUUCCUUCCAAGAGAUUUAAUUCCAGAACCAAACUCUGUUACAAAUAACCACAUUAUCACACCACCAACUGUUAUAAAAUUAAAUUUACCAACUGGUGGCGUUUCUGAUUACUCCAAUUUUUGGGUCACUGCUCGUUUAACUGAAAAGGAUAAAUUCAAAAUCGAUUACACCAAAGAGAAUUUCGACUAUGACGGUUAUUGCACUUUUAAUAUUAAAAUUGAAAAGCCAAAGGGUAAUGAAAAAACUGAUUUCUUCAAGAUUAGAUACGAUCUAUUUACUGAGGAUGCCGAUGGUAAUCCAAAAUAUUUAACCAAUAUUAUUUCAAAUAACAUUCGUUACUGCUAUCAUACCAGUUCUUUACCAAAUCCAAAGAUCGAGUUUGUUUCACCACAUUUAGUCAAUCCACUUGCUAGAGUAUCAAAAUUAGAAUUAAAUUCAUCUUUCUUCAAACAUGGUGAUGCACAUCCACUUAUAAUUGUUUUUGUUGAUCAACAUGGUAACUGUGUUUAUGAAGAUAGACCAAACAAGAGCAGCUGGACCUCUGAAUGGUCAAUCAACAUUGAAACUCCAGCUUUAAUUGCCGGUAUUUAUAAAAUCUAUGCUGUUUAUUUAAAGAAGAACGAAGAUAUUACCCCUCAAUUAAUAAAGAAUUUAAAUGAUGAAGAUUCUUGUGAAAUUUUCUAUACUGAUAAUACCAUUAUCGACUCUACAUUAAUAAAUAAUUACAGUGGUGGUAAUAGUGGUGGUAACAAUAAUAAUAAUUCAAACAACAAUAGUGGUAAUCAUAACAAUAAUGGUGGUAGUGGUAAUAAUGGACCAAGUAAUAACAAUAACAAUAGUGGUGGUAAUAAUAGUAACAAUAGUAGUACUGGUGGUGGUGGUAGUGGUAGUGGAGGUAAUUUCUAUUACCAAUAUAGUGUAAAUAUUGCAGAUACUGUAAACAAUCAAUUCUAUAGAAUUUAUAAAGAAAUUUCAAAUUGUCCAAAUUCAGAUCUUUCAAAAUAUGAAACAUAUAGAAAUAUUACUAAUGAAUCAACUGGUGAUUCAUUAUUAAUGUACUCAAUUUUAUUAAAUGACAAACCAACCUUUAACAAAUUACUUUUAAUUAACACCAAAUUAAGUAUUAUGAAUAAAGCUCAUUUCAAUGCUUUACACUAUGCCGCCUAUGCUUCACCAAGUGAUAACAACGAAUUCUUUAGCAGACUUGUUUCUCACUUUGAAGAAAAGAAUGAAGAGGAAUUAAAAGAUGCUGUAUUCACACCAAAUCACUUUGGUAAAUACAUUGUACAUAUGUUGUCUGAAAUUAAAGGUAGCUCUAAUCUUUUAAUGAUUUUAAAUAAAUAUCCACAAAUGUUUGGUAAACAAGAUGCAAGAGGUUAUAUUCCACUCCACUACUCAAUUAUGCAUGCUGACGAAUCUGGUGUUUCUUCAUUGGUAGAUCUUUGGGAAAGACAUUCAAAGAGUGCUGGUAGCCCAUUAAAUCAAGAAGAAAGAGAAGAAUUAAUAUCUUCAAUCACCCUUCAAUCAUAUAAUUACGAAGCCAAUGCUCUCCAUUUAGCUUGUGCCAUUGGUAGCGUUAAGAUUGUCAAUCGUCUUUUAAAUAUCAGACAGUUCGACCUCUAUGAACAAGAUUCUGACGAAGAGUUCUGUAUCCAUAAAGCCAUUGCCAAUCAAAAAUAUGAUGUUAUUCGUUUACUCCAAUUCAUAGGCUUUGAUAUCAGUCUUGUCAUGGAUGAAAUGAAAGAUCUCUUAGCUGAUAUAGAAAUUAAUGAAGAUGAAAGAUCUUUUAUUGACCGUUGCCAAUUGGGUAGUAUUCCAAAAUCAUAUAGUGUCGUUGAUAUCGAAGUUGAUGCCGCCACAGCCAAUUUCGAAAAGGAUGAAAUUUCAAUUGAUAAUGAAGGUUUGGAUUUAACUAAUGAUUUAAUUAAUAAAUUAUUAACUUUAUCUCAUUCCGAUAACAACUCUUCAUCAAUUACCCCAUCAACAUCGUCAUCGUCGUCAUCUCGUAUACCACCAGUUUCAUCAUCAUCAUCAUCAUCAUCCUCUUCCCACUUACCAAAAUUAAUUUCCGAAGCUCAAACUUCUGGCAAUACUACAACUUAUACAUUUGGUUCCUCAAAUAAGAAAUUGGAUCAAAUCAUUGAUCAAUUAGCUCAAAAAAUUAGAAAUUUGGAAACUACCAAUAAAACUUUAGAAAUGAGAAUUAAUGAUCAAGAUAGACAAAGAGAUCCUUCUGACCCAACCGAUGAAACUUAUUUAGAUGCCAUUAAUCGUUUCGUUAAAUCUGGCAGUGUUUACCAACGUAUAGAUAGAAAGACUGGUAAAAUGGUUGAACUUUCAAGCGAAACCUUAAAUGCCUUUAAAGACAACUGUAAAUCACUCCCAUCAAGUGUAAUUGGUAAAAUUAUUUCUCAAACCGAAAAAGAUGGUAAAUUAAUUGUAGAUGUAGAUUUUUAUUUUGAA